GUGAGCCAUGGUGUGCUCCAGCCCUGCUCUCAGAGCCCAGGGCUCGGGCCAGGAGGAGCAGCACGGCGGCCAGCCUGACCUGCUGUGGCUGGCCAACCUCACGGGCGCCCACCUCGGCUUGGCGCCCAUCUCCCAGGACCCCGAGGAUCGCUGCAGCAUCUGGGAGAACCUGGUGAGCCUGGUGGACUUCCAGUGCCCGGGCUUCCCCCUGACCUCCGAGGAGCUCUGCCCCUACCUCGACAUCCCCCGCUCGCCCGCGUCCUCCCCGGCCGCCGUGAGCCUGCCCCGGGCUGGGACCCCUCCCGGGCCCCCCGUGCCCCCGGGGGACGUCGACUACAGGACCAACGCGCGCGUCAAGCCGCCCUACUCCUACGCCACCCUGAUCUGCAUGGCCAUGGAAGCCAGCCAGCAGCCCAAGCUCACCCUGGCUGCCAUCUGCAAGUGGAUCAGCGACAACUUCUGCUACUUCCGCCGUGCCCACCCCAGCUGGCAGAGCUCCAUCAGGCACAACCUGUGCAUCAACAAGCGCUUCGUCAAGGUGCCCCGCGAGAAGGGGGAGCCGGGCAGAGGAGCCUUCUGGAAGCUUCACCCCCAGUACGCCGAGUGGCUCAAGAGCAGCACCCUCAGAGGGCACAGGGCCCUUCCCGAGCCUGUCCCAGCCUCCAGGAGAGCCCAGCAGGGACCACGGCAUGUCCCCAGCCCCGCUGUCACCGCCACCGCCCGGGGCAGCCUCGAGGUGGGCGAGGAGCUGCAGCGGCUGCUGCGGGAGUUCGAGGAGUUUGAGAGCAGCCACAGGUGGAGCCCCGUGGAGCCCCAAGGGGGCCAGCAGAGCCAGCAGCCCUGGCCCGAGGUGUCCUGGCCACCCAGCUGUGCCCCGGGGGGCCAGGAGGGGCCUGGUGAGCUGAUGGAGCUGAAGGGCAGCACAGAGUGGGAAGCGCUGCUCGACGCCCCCGCGGAGCAGGGGGAUUUCUCUGCUCUGGGGCAGCUCCCCCAUCCCAGCCAGCCCGGAGCCUUGCCCCCACACCCCACCAGGCCACGGGGCUGGCCCCAAGUCCUCCCCGAGCCCAGCCCCACUAAACCAGGCCUGGAUGAAACCCUGAUGGCCACGGCGUUCCUGGAGGCCGCGUGGCACGAGGAGAUGAGAGCGAACGUGCCCAGCGGCGUCCCCGGGGAGCCGAGCCCUGGGCACGGCCAGGCCAGCAGCGAGGGCAUGGACUGGGACUCGCUGGCCCAUCUGAGGCUCUAUUAGACAUGGGAGACUAGACCAGACUGGACUAGACUAGACUGGAUUAGAUUAGAUUUUAGAUUAGACUAGAUUUUAGAUUAGACUAGACUAGAUUAGAUUAGAUUAGACUAGAUUAGAUUAGAUUACAUUAGAUUAGACUAGAUUAGAUCUUAGAUUAGACUAGACUAGAUUAGAUUUUAGAUUAGACUAGAUGAGAUUAGGAUUAGAUUAGACUAGAUUCAAUUCAAUUCAAUUCAAUUCAAUUCAAUUCAAUUCAAUUCAAUUCAAUUCAAUUCAAUUCAAUUCACUUCAGUUGAUUUAGGAGGGGCUCUGGGGGCGGGUGUAGCUGCUUUUAUAGACGAGGUUUCUUUUUGCUGCUUUCUGUUCUGCUUCUGGCUCGGGGAAUGACACUGAAGAUACUCGGGAACUUUAAAUUGUUUUAAAUUUUAUUGGCAGUUUUUAAGAGAUAGAAUAAAGAAAGCAAAGCAGAGGAGAA